CAGAAGAAAAUCACUGCUAGGUUAGCUAGCAAGCUAGCAGUAACAAAUUGCACGAUUAAAUAGACGUGAACCUCAAAAUGCUUUUACAUACAGUUAGGCCGUGGUUUUAUCGUUGCAGGAGUCUACCUUUGGCCUGCACAAGGUCUUAUUAUGCCGAAACAGUUUCUCGACUCGGGUCUCAGCAGGAUACACAGUCCUCUGAAUAUCAGGAGAAUUAUGAGCGGAUGAAAGUUCUCGUUGAUGAACUGAAGAGCCGUACCGAGAAGGUUAAAUUGGGUGGGGGAGAAAAAGCCAGAAGACUUCAUACUUCUCGUGGGAAACUUCUGCCCAGAGAGCGUAUCGACAGACUGCUGGAUCCUGGGACCCCUUUCUUGGAGUUCUCUCAGUUUGCCGCAUAUGAAUUGUAUGGAAAAGAGGAAGUCCCAGCAGGCGGUAUACUAACUGGGAUUGGGCGUGUUUCGGGGGUGGAAUGUGUUAUAGUUGCGAAUGAUGCUACUGUCAAAGGCGGGACAUACUUCCCAGUUACAGUGAAGAAACACCUCCGUGCACAAGAGAUCGCACAGCAGAACAACCUGCCAUGCAUUUACUUAGUGGAUUCGGGAGGAGCCAAUCUUCCGAGACAGGCCGAAGUCUUCCCAGACAGAGAUCACUUCGGACGUAUUUUCUACAACCAGGCCAGGCUGUCUUCAGAGGGAAUAUCACAGAUUGCGGUUGUGAUGGGCUCCUGCACCGCUGGAGGGGCCUAUGUUCCUGCCAUGGCAGAUGAGAGCAUUAUCGUGAGGAAGCAAGGAACCAUCUUCCUCGGAGGACCUCCACUGGUCAAAGCUGCAACUGGGGAAGAAGUUUCUGCAGAGGAUCUUGGUGGUGCUGAUCUUCACUGCAAAAAAUCUGGUGUGACCGACCAUUAUGCUUUGGAUGAUAACCACGCACUCCAUUUAGCAAGAAAAGCAGUGAGAAACCUCAACUACAGGAAAAAACUUGAUGUCACCACAGAGCCGGUGGAGGCCCCUCUCUACCCGGCUGAUGAACUCUACGGCAUAGUUGGAGCAAACCUGAAACGCAACUUUGAUGUCAGAGAGGUCAUCGCCAGAGUUGUGGAUGGCAGUAAAUUUGACGAGUUCAAGGCUUUCUACGGAGACACGCUUGUUACAGGAUUUUCCAGAAUAUUCGGUUACCCUGUGGGAAUCAUUGGCAACAACGGAGUCUUGUUUUCAGAGUCUGCGAAAAAGGGAACCCAUUUCAUCGAGUUAUGCUGCCAGCGAAACAUUCCUCUUAUUUUCCUCCAAAACAUAACAGGCUUCAUGGUGGGUAGAGAGUAUGAAGCAGGAGGAAUCGCAAAGGAUGGAGCUAAGAUGGUUACUGCAGUUGCCUGUGCCAAUGUACCCAAGAUUACUGUUCUCAUCGGAGGCUCCUAUGGUGCAGGAAACUAUGGCAUGUGCGGCAGAGCCUACAGCCCACGAUUCCUGUACAUGUGGCCGAAUUCCCGAAUCUCUGUAAUGGGCGGUGAGCAGGCGGCCACUGUCCUGGCCACCAUCACCAAGGAUCAGAGGGCACGGGAGGGGAAGGAGUUCACAGCAGAGCAAGAGGCUGCCAUGAAGAAGCCAAUCGUAGAGCGGUUUGAAGCGGAGGGCAGUCCAUACUUCUCCAGUGCAAGACUGUGGGAUGACGGGAUCAUUGAUCCCGCAGAUACUCGUCUGGUUUUGGGUCUGAGCCUCAGUGCCGCACUGAAUGCACCAACGAAGAAGACACGCUUUGGAGUGUUCAGGAUGUAAUGCUCAUGACGCUUGCCUACCUGUUAGAGUUUGACAUAUUCUGUACUUAAACUAGUUUUUGUAGUUUUACUUGUGAGGUGUCACCAGAUUAAGGGCAACAAACACAGAAAAUAAUGACUCAAGUAGAAUCACAGACCUCGGAUCAAUGGGGAUGUGAUUGGAUGGUGUGCUGUUGUUGUGGGAUAUUUCCACUAAUACGUUGUGCCUUAACUAUCACUAAUCCUUUGUAAAUGCAAACUGUAUUAAUGUUUUAUUUUCCCUUCUUUUUUUUUUUUUUAUUGAAUGCUGUAAAUGAUGAAUUAUAAAAUUAUAAAAUUAUAAAA